AUGACCAGGUCAAAAAUUGUUGAAUUCAUCAAGAAAUGCAUCGAAAUUGAAAAAGGAAAUCCUGCUCGAUACUGUCUUAAAAAAAAGACAGACAAUUUGGAUCAAUCUGAACAAUAUAGAAACAUUACAUUUGGGGAUAGAGAUAAAAACAAACCUCAUAAAACCAUUCUGAUGGUGGGAGAAACAGGAACAGGAAAAACAACCCUUAUCAAUACGAUGAUCAACUACAUGUUGGGUGUUCAGAGAGAAGACAAAGUUUGGUUUGAGAUCACAGAUGAUCAGAGCGACCAUCAGUCUUCAGUUCACAGUCAGACCUCCAGAAUCACUGUUUAUGGGUUUUAUCUGCAGGAGAGUCCAAUCGAUUUAACAAUCAUCGACACACCAGGAUAUGCAGACACACGAGGAGAUAAUCUUGAUAAAAAAAUUGCUGAGAGUUUGUUUAGUUUAAGUAAAUCUGCAGAAGGGAUCCAUGAAAUAGAUGCAGCAUGUCUUGUCAUUUUGGCACAACAGAAUCGACUCUCUGAAAAACAAAUCUACAUAUUUGAUGCUGUUCAGUCUUUAUUUGGAAGAGAUAUUGUUGAAAAUAUUGUCUUGCUCCUCACACACUCAGAUGGUAUGCCACCUAAAAAUGCCCUGACGGCUGUUAAAGAGGCUGAAAUCAAGUGUGCCGUAAAUGACAAGAAUCAGCCAGUGUUUUUCCUGUUUAACAACUGUCAGACAGACACUGCUGAUGAAGAAUAUGAAGUGAUACAGGAACAAUCAUGGGAUCGCAGUUUUAGAGGAAUGGCACAGUUUUUCAAAUUUCUUGAAAACAUUAAACCGAAAAACCUAAAGAUGACUCGAGAUGUUUUACAAAAACGAAAGCAGUUGGUGGCAAAUGUCUCUAAUCUACAAUCACGUGUUAAAAUGAUGGAACUAAAGCAAACUGAGCUGAAACAAACUCAAGAAGCUCUGGAGAACAACAAGAAUGAUCUCAAAGAAAAUAAAAACUUUGAGUAUGAAGUUGAAGUGCCCUGCAAAGAAAGGGUUGAUAUUAAUACUGCUUUAGCCAGUGUGGCGAUGUGCUGCACCGUCUGCAAGGAGAACUGUCAUUAUCCAGGAUGCUGGUGGGUCAAAGAUUGCUCAUGGUGCAGCGUGAUGAAAAAUAAUCACUGUACAGUCUGCACAAAUAGAUGCCACUACAGCAAACAUAUCAAAGAAGCAAAAAUAUAUAAAAUAAAUACAAAGAAGGAGAAGAGAACAUAUGAAGAUUUAAAGAAGGAAUAUGAUGGUAAAACCAGGAACAGUGAGUCUUUGGUCAAGAAGCUGGAAGAUGAACUGCAGGAAUUAGAGAAAGAGAAAAUAAAGCUUGUGAUGGAAGCCUUUCACUGUGUGGACACUCUGCAGAUGAUUGCACUCAACACUGAUUCACUGUUCACACUUCAGCAAAUUGAUUUUCUGAUUGAGAAGCUGAAGGAAAUUAAUGAGCCUGAAAAGGCCAAAACACUGGAAGACAUCAAAGAGACAGCAGGAAAAGAAAAACUUGGAGCACUGGGAUUCAGAACAUCCCAGAAAAAAAUAAACAAAUAA